AUGUUAAGAAUUGUGAUUCGGCAUCUUUCAACCAAGCCACCAAACAGUGAUAUUGCCAAAAAGACUGCCCCAGCAGUAAUGUCUACAUAGUCAAGCACUCUUCUUACCUCAAUUUACAAGCAUAUACCCUGAGCCUCCUUUUGGAUCACACUGAACUCGGUUACUCAAUUAUAAUCUGCAAUAUAUCUGGCUUUCUCCUUUGGAGUUAUCGAAAUAAACCCAUUCUAAAAGGAAGCUUUCUCUCUACAAAUAAAUCUUUCCCAAAACUCCUACCUCGAUUAGUCAGAUUUACAUGGAGUGACCUAGUAAUCUACUCCGAAGUCUUUUUUAUUGGGCUUAUGGUAUACAUCCACUUUAUCGACCCUUAA